UCAAACAUUAACAUACAUUGGAGGUCAAGCCACGGUAUAAAUACCGCUGCGCGCUGAAUGAAGUUAGUCAUCCUCCAACAAGAGAAACUUAGCGAGAUACCAAGAAGCAACUUCUCACUUGAUUUUUUUAAACAGCUAUUCGUUUGUGAUGAGUGGAUUAUUUAUGAAUUACUUCUGGGUGGCGGCAGCCUUCUCUGUCCUUCUGACGCCGGCACUGAGUUCGCCCUUGCUGGCACAGGAGCCAAUCCGCUGCGCCCCGUGCACGCCGGAGAGGCAGUUGGAAUGCCCGGCGGUCGCGCCGGAAUGUGAGGAGGUUCUCCGGGAGCCGGGCUGCGGGUGCUGCCUUGCUUGCGCUCUGAAGAAGGGCGACUUUUGCGGAAUCUACACGGCGCACUGUGGCUCGGGCUUGCGCUGCACGCCAAGACCCGGGGACACCCGACCCCUCCAUUCACUCACGCGGGGGCAAGCCGUCUGCGUGGAGAUCUCCGAAGCUCAGCGAAGCCAAGCAACUCCAAGUGCAGAUCAGAGUGAGUUAGAAGCAGAAACCAGAAACGGCGCCGCCACACCUGACCAAGUACCAAUCUACCUCUCCGGAAAUAACAAGCCCUUUGAUCCGAAGGCUGUUGCGGAUGCUCAGGAAAGCAUGAAAGCCAAGUUCAACGCCAUCCGAAAGAAACUCGUGGAACCGGGCCCCUGUCACAUCGAGCUGCAGCGAGCCCUGGAGAAGAUAGCCAAAUCGCAGCAGAAGCCGGGCGACAAGCUGACCAAAUUCUACCUGCCCAACUGCGACAAGCACGGCUUCUACAAGGCCAAGCAGUGUGAGUCUUCACUGGAUGGCCAGAGGGGCCGGUGUUGGUGCGUGUCUUCCUGGAAUGGGAAGAGGAUCCUCGGGUCCAGCGAUCUCACGGGGGAUUCGGAGUGCCAACAAGAACUCACACACUGACAGCACUCAUCCAUCCUACAACACACACACACACACACACACACGCUCACCUGCAGGCACCGACACGCACAGGCACACUCUCCUUCGCGUGCACCGAUGGAUCUUCUUUUGAUACCUUUCUUAUUUAUUUAAUGUUCAUCCUUGAUUCAGGUACACUGUCUUUUGAUUGUUAACACUGUGGUUCCCGGAAAUUAAAUAAGAAAACUAUUUUUCUGAAAGGAAACAAAAUAAUCAAAAUGUAUUUACAUGAACUAUAUGGCCAUAUUUAUUUUAAACGUAAUGUAAACAUUCUAGUAUUUAAUAUUUGUAAUUAUUUUAAGGAUAUUUAUAUAUACAUGUUUGCUUUAUUACUUUUUUGUAUGGAUGUAUAUAGGAGAAGUGUUUAUUUCUGGGUUCUGACUACGUAACUCCGUGAGUGGGCAUACCUCAUGCUGUCCUAUCUCAAGGUCUUUUCGGUUUUAUUCUUGAAUGAAUGAUUACAGAGCCAAGCAACUGCAAGGCAUCAAACUCGGGUUUCGAUGGAGUGGAGUGUCUUUGUUAUGCUGUACUGAUGUGCUGAAAGAACUGAGAAUUUCUCAGUACUGUAUGAAUACACCAUUGAAAAAAAAAA